GGAUAACCAUCUCAAUUGUUAUCAUAAAUAUUAUCAAGCCUUGUUUUGUGCAAGUUUAUUAAAAAAUACUAGAUACGGAAAACAAAAUAGAAUUAGGCGUUGUAAACAAAAAAAUUUAUUCAAAUCAUUAGAAAUCAUUUUUGGCGAGUGAUAGUAGUGUGUCAAAAAAAUAAUAAUUUAGGAAUUAAUGAAAGACUUUUGUGCAGUUAUUACAAAUUAGUGGAUAAUUUUAAAAGUGAAAUGGUCCGAAGAAAAAUAUCAAAACCACGCGAAAUUAUAUCUGGUAAAUAUUUGGAUGAAGAGUAUCAUACACCAUCAUCUUCAACAAAUAUAUGCGGUGACCUUGAUUUUGAAAAACAGGACAAUAUGGCGAUACAUGCGUUAAAUGAACAACAUAAUUAUGAACAACGUGUUGAAAAUACUUACAACAAUCAACAUUAUUGUUUAAGAUGGAAUAAUUAUCAAACAAAUAUGACAUCUGUAUUUCAUCAACUGUUACAAAAUGAGGCAUUUGUUGAUGUUACAUUAGCAUGUAAUGACCUCUCAUUAAAAGCACAUAAGGUGGUUUUAUCCGCAUGUUCAACAUAUUUUCAAAAAUUAUUGUUAGAAAAUCCUUGUAAACAUCCCACAAUUAUAAUGCCACAAGAUGUAUGCUACACAGAUUUAAAAUUCAUCAUAGAAUUUGUAUAUAGAGGUGAAAUUGAUGUUUCACAAGAAGAAUUACAGUCAUUACUGAAAACGGCAGAUCAAUUAAAAAUAAAAGGUUUAUGUGAAAUACCAGGAACAACAGAUCAUACAAUUAUUCCCACUUCCAUAAACAAUAACACAAUAAUCAACGAUAAAUACAAUCAAGAAACAUCAUUACAUCAUUCACAACAACAGAACCAUCGAAUUGAAUUGUCACCAGUUCCAAUUGUAUCCCGACGUGCAUAUUCAAAAUUACGACGGAUAACAACAUCAACAAAUAAGCGUUUACAUACAAAAUAUCGUUUACUUUCACCAAAACGUAGUUUAAAAGAUAUCACCCAUAUUACAGGAGAUUCACCAGAGAAUUGUAAAAUAGAUCUAAACACUACACAAGGUGAAACAAACAGUGAACAACGUUUUUGUGAUCAAUCUGUAGAUGAGGAUGAUAAAGAACAUAAAAUGCCCGCAGUGCUGAUGGUCAAUGACGAAAAAGUGACGAACGGGGAAGGUUUUGGAGGUACUUUAGACGAGGAAAGUCUUCCAAUAAAACGUGAAACACUGGAUCGUAUAACAGACAAUAACGGCGAUCAUUGUGAUCGCGAUAAUUUGUGGUCACCGGCCGCUAGUAGCGAUAGUGGUGGUAGUAAUCAACCAUUAAAUAUGACCGGUCAUGGACUAUUAACUUCACAAACAUUAUUUCCUGGUCACGUUGAAUUACCUCCAGAACCUCCAGCACCCUCUGCGACACCAGUGCCAUGUCCACCUCAGGAAUUAAUACAUAAUUCUCAUACAGUUAAUUUAACACAUUGUUCGCCAACAACUCACCAUGAUUUAAGUGACACAAAUAUGUCGGUACAAGAUGUCGGUGGUAUGCAUUGCGGAAGUAUGUCCGGUUACGGUGAAGAUGUUAAAGUGAAAUUCGAAACAUUACGAUCGGUAGAUUCAGCUGGUGAUAUCGAUGCAUGUAGUCGUAUGUCACAAGAAAGCAGUGAUUCGAUGCGACAGCACCAGUCGAGUAUGAUGAUUACACCUCAGUUACUAGGUCUGUUGCCGGGAUCAUCAGAUUUGAGCAUGUCUGAAUCAUCUUCACGAAUUAAAACUAAUGGUCACAAUAACUCCCACGCGUUUAAUAUAAUGCCUUUACAAAAUCAUUCACAAUCGCAUGGUAUAAAUAAUGGUAUGAAUACAAGUUCGGGUUCUACUUCUUCCUCGGUGGUAGGGUCUGGCGGUAAUCAUCCUGGUGGUGUUGGUGGUGGGCCCAAAACAUGGAGUCAAGAGGAUAUGGAACUUGCGUUAGAUGCCUUACGAAAUCAUAACAUGAGUUUAACAAAGGCAUCAGCGACUUACGGCAUUCCAUCAACUACGUUAUGGCAACGUGCUCAUCGUUUAGGUAUUGAUACACCAAAAAAAGAAGGUCCUACAAAAUCAUGGACAGAAGAUAGUUUAAAUUCAGCGUUAGAAGCGUUAAGAACUGGUACAAUAUCAGCAAAUAAAGCCAGUAAAGCUUAUGGUAUUCCAAGCAGUACAUUGUAUAAAAUUGCAAGACGUGAAGGUAUACGUUUAGCUGCUCCAUUUAAUGCAGCACCUACAACAUGGUCACCGGAUGAUUUAGAACGUGCGUUAGAAUCAAUACGUUCUGGACAAACUUCAGUACAAAGGGCUUCCACAGAAUUUGGUAUACCGACCGGUACAUUGUAUGGACGUUGUAAAAGAGAAGGUAUUGAAUUGUCACGAUCAAAUCCGACUCCUUGGUCAGAAGAUGCGAUGGGAGAGGCGCUAGAAGCAGUCAGAGUGGGUCAAAUGUCGAUAAAUCAAGCUGCUAUACAUUACAACCUACCUUAUUCUUCCCUAUAUGGUCGAUUCAAACGUGGAAAAUAUGAUAAUGAUAGUCCACAGAUGAAUAGUGGUAUGCCACAAUCAUUGUUAGAUUCAAAUAGCCAUGAGAAUACAAAUUCAAUGCAUGCAACUGACCAUCAACAUCAACUAAUGCAACAAUAUGCUACUGUUUCUCAACAAAUGAACGCAAAUCAACAUUCAAUGGUGCCAGAAAAUCAACAGCAACAACAACAAAACCAACAGCAACACACGCAACACCCACAACACCCACAUUCCCCGCAACCACAGCAUCAGCCGCCCCCACAACAUCAGCAUCCUCAACAAAAUCAGCCACAAUUUGUUCCACAUGGUAGCAUAAGCUGAGAAAACGAAUCAUACGCGCCACAACAUUAUAAUAAUGUUCAUUUUACUCACUAGAAAAGGUAAUUUGAGAUUAUGCUCUUUAGCGCGUAUGUGAAAUUAACUCAUUAACAGAGAAAAAAGAACGGAAGGAAACAAAAUAUUGUUGUCAUUGUGUAAAAAACUAUUUUUAAAUUGGACCAAAUUUUAUAUCCUAGAUUAUUGCAAAAUCUUUCAUUUGGUGUUUUUUUAUUUCAAUUUAAGCCAACCGCAAGUGCUUAUAACUUAGAAAAUGCUAAAUUGAGAAUCCUAGCCGAACCUAAGGCUCGUUUGUAGUACUGAGACUGUAGUUUUAAUAUUCGGUAUAAUUUCAUAGAAUUGAUUUUCAGAAUAUGGAAAAAAAUAAAUAAAAAUGAUGAACAAUAAACUCGUUUCUCGUUAGCUUAUAAUGGCUUUGGAAUUCUAAGCUAAAAAUCUUUCUGCUACUUGUUAUUUGUGAGAAUUUAUAGUAUCAUGAAAAAAUAAAUCGUGUAGCAUGUCACUUUCCAAACGAAAAGAAAGAAAACAAUAUAUUCGUCUUGUAGUUUUUCGCAAUCUCUUUUUAAUUUACAACCUAACCUACAGUGGCAAGAGCUAAAUUUGAUGUGGGCAAUGUAUAUUUUACGAGACCCUCUACUGGAACACGACCACGAAUUUCAUAGAAAAAAUUAUAGGCAAAUAAACGAAAGUGAUGGGAAAGAUAUAGGACAUUCCCAGUUCUGACAACCAGAGAUUCUCUGCGACGGUAAAGCAACGCUAGCAAAUGUUGCUAGACUUAAUAAAAACAAUUUACUGAAUGUAGGUUUAUUUAGUUUUGGGCUCAUAUAUACAUCAUUUUAGAAACUAUACUUAAACACAAAUUUUGCCAAACUCUUGUUUUGCAGUAGCAGUGGUGAAAUUCAUUCUUUAUUGAAUCAGACUAGAAUUACAAUAGAGUAGACAGUUCAAUGUACUUCCUUGUCUAUGAAUUGAAAGUGGAAUUAAACACAAACAUCACAGAUUAAUAUAAAAUUUAUCGUGUACUAUAAUGGUGAAUAGAUUUUUUCGUCACAUUCUUCAAGGCGAGGUCAAUGCCUAAACAGUAGACUGUAUUUACCUUGAAAAAUUAUCCGAUAAACGAAAAUUUCUAUCGAAGUAGUUCGUCAACCAGCGUCGCGUCGGAAUUAAUUUUCUAAUAAUAGAGAGGUUUCAGUUGAAAAUUUAUUUUUCGGAAGUGGUUGUACAAAAAGCACUUUUUUAUAAUUGACGCAUACCACUCGUACAUUCACAUUGGACAAUCUACGUGGACGUUUGUUUUAAAUUUUAUAAAAAAACUUACAAGAACGCAGUCUCUUGAUUGCAGAAGAUAUUGAUUUAAACAAAGUUCUGUAAGUUCUGAUAAUUUUUGCAGGAUUAUUACUAUCAAGUUGGGAAUAAACCUCAAAUGCCUUAAAAUUUUAAUACCACCAACGAUUUUGACCUUGUCUAAUGAAUAUAACAUUUGGUUCAAUAUUAUAUUGUUAUUUUAUUUUUAUUUAAAACGAAUACAAAGUCUUUAAAA